CUGAGGGAAUGAUGUGGAUAUAGACAAUUUUAGACAGCUGUUUAAUUGUACAAAUUCGCCGAGAUAAUGUUAUAGAUAGGGAGCCCAAAUAUCUACGACUAUGUACUUGAAGGAAUAUCGUGUCUGCAUGCCUUUGAGUGUGAAGGAGUACCAGAUUGGUCAGCUGUAUAUGAUAGCUAAACACAGCCAUGAACAAAGUGAGAAUGGGGAAGGAGUUGAGGUUGUCACCAACGAACCAUGCGAAGAUGAAAAACAUGGAAAAGGACAAUUUACUGAAAAAAGAAUCCAUUUAUCAAAUCGGCUACCAGUUUGGAUCCGAUCUCUAAUCCCACGGAUUUUCUAUAUAACAGAGAAGGCGUGGAACUAUUAUCCCUACACAAUAACAGAAUACACUUGCUCAUUUAUUCCACACUUUUCCAUCUAUAUUGAAACAAAGUAUAAAGAUGACAACGGAUGUACUGAAAAUGUUCUUAGUCUCAGUGAAGAAGACCUGGAGGUGCGUGAAAUAGAGCAUAUUGACAUCGCCCAUGAUAAUAUAGCUGAAAAACAUUACAAAGAAUCAGAGGAUCCAACACUAUUCCUAUCAAAAAAGACAGGGAGAGGGAAGCUGAUGAAGGAGUGGAAGGACCAGGUUGAGCCAAUUAUGUGCUCCUACAAAGCUGUUAAGGUCAAGUUUGAGGUGUGGGGCCUACAAACGAAGGUGGAAUCCUUUACACACAAGUCUGUGAGGGACAUUCUGUUGCUGGGACACAGACAAGCCUUCUGUUGGAUUGAUGAAUGGAUAGAUAUGAAUGUUGAAGACCUUCGAGAAUAUGAAAAAUCAAUCAACACAGAAACUAAUAAAAAGGUAUUACAGAACAGCUGAGAGUAGGAAAGACUUUACAUCGACAUUAGAUGAGGCUGUUACAGAACAGCUGAGAGUAGGAAAGACUUUACAUCGACAUUAGAUGAGGCUGUUACAGAACAGCAGAGGACAGGAAAAAUAUUGAUUGUCAUAACUUUUGGAUAUGAGUGUGAUCUCGGACCUGGGGAUGUGGCUUGUUUCUUCCGUUGGUAUGUUUUUUAAAUCCCAGGCCAUGACUUACAGCUGUCAGAAGUAAAGACUUGAGGAUCCAGAAAUGCUUUUUUACCAGGUUCCAGCGAGAGAUUUACCUUGGCCUGAUUCAACAUGGAGGUGAUUUGACACAGAAUAGCAAGGAUGGAGGUGAUUGGACACAGAAUAGCAAGGAUGGAGGUGAUUGGACACAGAAUAGCAAGGAUGGUGGCUUCGAACAAUUUGAGAACUAGAUCUAGACUGCACAGUCCUUCAUAUGGCAACGUUUUAAGUACAUUGUUUGAUGUUGUUAGUAUUUUUCAAGGCAGAUCAUAUUUUGUUGUGAUUUUUGUAAUACAUUUGAUAUCCUAAAUCCUGGUAGUAAAGGUUACCUAAUGCAAAGGUUACCUGGUGGCAAAGGCUACCUGAAAGUAAAGGUUACCUGGUAACCUUUGUUACCAGGUGGCAAAGGUUACCUAAUGCAAAGGUUACCUAGUAGUAACGGUUACCUAAUGCAAAGGUUACCUGGUGGCAAAGGUUACCUGAAAGUAAAGGUUUAAAGCUUGUCACAGAGUGAUCAGUGGUUAAUCUACUCUUCAUCUUCUGUCUCUGUGUAGAUGAUUGAGGAGGAAGUUACCUAAGAUAAAUAUCUGAGGGAGCUAUCUCUGAAACUGGCAGUGUUAAUGGUAACUACUGCUGUUGUUAAUGGUACCACCUAUUUUUUUUUUACCCUGCUUUUCAACCAGAAACAGGCUGUUUUCUUUUGCUAUAAAGUGUUAUUUUCCAAAUUAUGGAGAAAUUAAAGAACAGGCAAUAUAUUCCCAAUCAAAAAGGAAAUGUCACUGUAUUUUUUAAAUGAUAGCAGACACAGGUUGCAUUAAAAAUGAAGGCAUAAAAAUCCUUGACUUUUGAUGGUUGGACCAGGUACGGAAAUAAUAACAUUAUGGAUUGUAAGUGUCACUCUAAUUGUUAUCAAAGAUUUACUAGUCCUCUGUUACUGUAAUGUCUCCCCUCAAACAUGGUUUAUAUAUUAUCGGUAUGCCAAUGGAAUAUUGUUGGUAUGUCACUUGUAGAUAAUUGGUAUGCCAAUGGAAUAUUGUUGGUAUGUCAAUUGUAGAUGAUUGGUAUGUCAAUGGAAUAUUGUUGGAAUGUCAGUUGUAGAUGAUUGGUAUGUCAAUGGAAUAUUGUUGGAAUGUCAGUU